CAUCAACACUCCAAAAAAACCUCUCCAAAUCCCCAAUUAAAUUCAAUCAUCUUCUUUCAUGCCCUCUUCUUCGUCUUCUUCAACUCUGACUCAACAGCGACGCUUCAAAUUCAAAUUACUCUACGCUUUCUUCUCCCUCAUUUUCUCUCUCCUCUCCCGUCUCUUUGAUUCUCUAAUCUUCUCUCUCUCCUCCGCCAUGGACAACCUCUUCGAUCCCGACGACUUUCUCUCCGUCGGUAACGACGCCACCACCACUUCCAACAACGACGAUGGAGAUGACGACGACGGUGAUCUUCUCUACCCGCAGUCUCGCCGCCGCCGACGUCGUCUUCAUUCUUCUCCUCCGUCAUCGUCGUCUACCUCAACUCUUUAUCUUCGCAGUGAUCGUCUCUUUCUCGUCUGCUACAAGUGGUGGAAAGAUGCGAGGGAGGGGUGCUUGGGUAGUAAGGGUGAAAUUAAAGGCGAUCGUUAUACUACGGCGGAGUUGUCAGAUGAUGAGAAUAAGAGGGAGAGUGAUUCUGAUGAUGAGUUUGUUUUGAAUUUGAAGAGAGAAGUGGAUGAUGAUGACGAUAAUGGUGGCGACGAUAAGGGCAAGGGUUUUUCUGGCCGGGAGUACGCUUUGAUUACUGAAAGCAUGUGGUUUACGGGGCUGAAAUGGCAUAGUGAUUAUUGCACAAGAAUUAAGGAUAUGGGAUGUUCUUUGGCUGCAGAAGAUAAUGAGCAGGAUGUUUUCCCUAUUCAAAUAAGGCUUUAUGUUAUGCAACAGACCGAUUCUUUGGUGGUGAAGAUAUCUCUGAUGGAUAAUCCAAUCCAGCUUUACAAAAGUGCUUAUCAGAUCUUUGACGUGCAAUCCAACUUGGUUUGUAUUUGGGACUUCUCUGGGCAGAUGACCCAAUUCUUUGAGAGAGGUGGUGCACUAUUUCCAAAUGGCUGUCCAGGCCAAGCCCCUGAAGAGGUUCUCCUUGAAUUACAAGUUUACGGGCCAAGUUUUGGCAACAAUGCAGGGGAAAAGAAAACUGAGAUUGCAAUGCAAGGAAGUUCUAGCAGUGGAGAUUCUUGUGGCAGCUGUUCGAUAAAGAUGGAUGGAACUGUUCAGAGCUCAUCUUCACCAUUUCUCAGUUUGCAAUCAUGCACUCAUAGAUAUGGAGAAACUGGUGUUCUUGGUUUGACUGGACUUCUCAAUCUUGGGAACACCUGCUUUAUGAACAGUGCGAUUCAGUGCUUAGCUCACACUCCGAAGCUAAUUGAUUAUUUCCUUGGAGAUUUUAAGAAAGAAAUAAAUUAUGAAAAUCCUUUAGGCAUGAAUGGUGAGCUUGCUUUGUCGUUUGGGGAUUUGUUAAGAAAGUUGUGGGCUCCAGGUAGGAUGCCGGUUGCUCCAAGAUUAUUUAAGUCAACCUUAGAGAACUUUGCUCCUCAAUUCUGUGGUUAUAAUCAACAUGAUUCCCAGGAAUUUCUUGCUUUUCUAUUGGAUGGGCUCCAUGAAGACUUGAAUCGUGUGAAACACAAGCCAUAUAUACAGCUUAAUGAUACAGAGGGCCGUCCAGAUGUUAAAGUUGCAGAUGAACAUUGGGAAAUUCAGCUAGCUCGUAAUGACUCCAUAAUUGUUGAUCUGUAUCAUGGUCAAUUUCGAUCAACGCUUGUUUGUCCUAUUUGCAAAAGGGUCUCUGUCACGUUUGAUCCGUUUAUGUACCUGUCUCUCCCUUUGCCUUCAACGACUAUGCGAACCAUGACUGUUACUCUUUUGAGUACUGAUGGGAGUAUGCCGCCAUCACCACUUACUGUAACGGUACCCAAGUCUGGAAGGUGCAAGGAUCUUAUUCAAGCCCUUGGCACAGCCGUUUCAUUACAGGAUGAUGAGACACUCUUUGUAGCUGAGGUAUACAAUCACUGCAUCCUCCACUCCCUGGAAGUUCCGUCUGAUUCAUUAGCAUUGAUAAGGGAUUGCGAUUACCUUGUUGCUUACCGCUUACCAAAAGAGAGUGAGAGCAGCCUGUUGGUGGUUUUCAUGCAUCAGCGGUGUGAAAGGCAAUUUGGCUUUCGUAUGGGAAGGCGUAGCUGGAGUCCGUUUGGCAUUCCUUUGGUGGCAAGGAUUCCUAAUAUUUCAGAUGGAUCUCAGAUUCAUGAUACAUUCAAAAAAUUGCUCAGGCCUUUUUUGAAUAUGGAUGAAGAUGAUUAUGAUGAUAUUGAAAACUCAGAUAGUGAGCUAGAGAGUUUUCCAAAUUCAGACAAUUCAUGGAGCUCAGAUGAUGAAAUGGGAGAUGACUUGCAUGUGCCCUCUGAUUUUCAGUUUCAUAUAACAGAUGAGCGAGGUAUGUUGAGGGGCCGGAGGAUAAAGGUGGGUAAAGUUCUGGAUGUUUCUGUUGCAUCUAAUAAAGUGUACGUGCUUGUUAGCUGGUCUAAACCAGUGUUGAGGCGGUAUGAUACCUGUCGUCUCAGCUUGUUGCCGGAGGUCUUUAAACAUGUAUUUGCUGCUAUGAAACCUCAAGAAUCAGUUUCCUUGUACAAAUGCUUGGAAGGCUUCUUGAAGGAGGAGCCAUUGGGCCCAGAAGAUAUGUGGUAUUGUCCGAGUUGCAAAGAACAUCGGCAAGCGAGCAAGAAAUUAGAUCUUUGGAGAUUACCUGAAAUUUUGGUUGUUCAUCUGAAAAGAUUCUCCUACAGCCGGUUUUUGAAAAACAAGCUUGAGACAUAUGUUGAUUUCCCCUUGGAGGAGCUUGAUCUUACGGGUUUCCUUGCCCACGAGAGUGGUCCAAGAUUGAAUCGUUAUAGAUUGUAUGCUCUCAGUAACCACUACGGCAGCAUGGGAGGCGGUCACUAUACUGCUACGGUUUAUCAUGGUAAAGGGUGGUACGAAUUCAAUGAUAGCUUUGUUGAACUGGUUAGAGAAGAGGACGUAAAGACUUCCGCUGCUUAUGUUCUUUUUUAUCGCAGAAUCUCCGAUACUUAAUGUUAUUGGUUAGUUUUUGUCUUGUUCGGCGUACAAUUGAUGCUGAAACCUAGAUUAGAUACACGCAGGACACAUUUUUGUGCAGGUUAAGAAUCACAACCAAGCAAUCAAAGGAAGGAACCAGUGUACUAUUUUUUUCACUUUAGAUAAUUAGAUGUACAUAUAUAUGCAUUCUUAGGAAUACGUCAUGUUUGGUGCUGCUGGCUCCUGCCUUGAAAUUUUCUGAAAUAGACUGGGCAUGUUAUGUGGGUAAUGUAUAAACUCCAGUCAUUUCAGUUCUAUAUCAAGAAUUCAACUUUUAACUUGA